AUGUUGUGCAGAAUCCUCGCCGCCGUGGCACUGCUCCGAGUUUUCCAGGAUGGCGCCGCCCAGAAUGUCAAUGUGGGCAGGUUGCUGCGGUUCUCAUGUAACCAGCUCGUCAUCGAGCGUAUCGACCCACUGGUGACCCCUGGCAUGAGUCCGUCAACGCACACUCACCAGAUAGUCGGCGGCAACUCGUUCAAUGCCACCAUGGACCCCGACAAGAUGGACCCGGCGUUCGCCUCAACCUGCACGUCGUGCACUUAUGCCGAGGACUUCAGCAACUACUGGACCGCCAGCCUGUACUUCCGGUCUGCCGAGAACGGCUCGUACAGGAUGGUGCCGCAGCAACCAAACUUCAUCGGGCUCGACGGCGUGAGACACCCGCAGAGCGGCGGCUUCUCCGUCUACUACAUGGCGCCGUUUCACUCCGCUAAUCAAAAGGUGGUCGCGUUCAAGCCGGGCUUCCGGAUGCUCAGCGGCGACCCGGCGGCGCGCAGCGAGGAGGCCAAGUUCGCGGGCAUCUGCCACCGGUGCAACGGGAACGGCGAGGGCUUCAUCCCGUGCUUGGCACCCGACGCGUCGGGGUUCCCGGCUCGCAUCUGCCCCAAGGGCAUCCGGGCGUCGGUCAAGUUCCCGUCGUGCUGGGACGGCAAGAACCUCGACAGCCCGGACCACCGGAGCCACGUGGCUUAUUGGUCCGGCAGCGGCGUGCUCGCGGGCGCCGAGUGCCCGGCCUCGCACCCUGUCCGCAUCCCGCAGCUCAUGUACGAGAUCAACUGGGACACGGCGGCGUUCAACGACCCCCGCUACUUCGAGGGCGGCAGGCAGCCGUUCGUGUACAGCUUUGGCGACGCCACGGGCCACGGCCAGCACGGCGACUGCCUGUUCGGCUGGCAGGGCGACGCGCUCCAGCGUGGCAUGGACGCGCUUCUUGGUGAUGACUGCCUCAACGAUGCGUGCGCGACCCUCAAGUCGCAGUCGGCCCAGGACGUCGUGAAGUGCACCAAGAAGACACAGGUGCCCGAGGAUGUAGGGAUAGGCGGCGAAUGGCUCGACGCGCUCCUGGGAAAUGUGCCCAUCAUGUAG